UCGUGGUCCGCUUUUUUCUUGUGUGCGUCGAGGAGCUUGAAGAAGGAAGCAGACGAGCCGAUCCCGAAAAAGCGGUGCAGAGACACGGAACGCCGCGCGGAGGGAGACACAGCGAGGAAAAGACGGCCACCGUCUAGUCUUCUGCUCCUUCAUUUUUGUGUGGAGAAAAUUGUUUCCCUUCGUUUCGAGUUGUCGUCUUCAAAACUUUAUUCACAGUGCUGACCUCAGUUCCGUGUCUGUCUCUGUUGGACGGUCUCGUCUGUUGUCAAGGGCGUGACGCCUCUAUAGACUUUUCUUCGCAGACGUCUUCUCUCUCCGUUGCUUGUCUUCUUUCUCCAUGGCGUCCUCUGAGACAUCUAGAACAAGCGUCGCUCGUUCCUGUCUUUCUACGCUUUCCUGACGAUGCGUCGACUUUCGCUCCUCUGACAUCUUACGCCUCUCGAAAAUCCACACCAUUCCGAGAUCGCCUUUGAUCGAACGGACUGUGAAAAUCGACGAAAAAAGAGAGUUCAUCACAUGGACAGCGCGCGAGCGGUCUCUGCACGGAAGCCUUCUACAAAACCAAAGGGGAGUCCCCACAGAAGGAAUCCGUCGAACGAGGCUGAAGGAGGCACAAACCUCAAACCUCCCCGACGCGCGGGGGCGAGAAGCAACUCAGAGUCGAGGGUCCUGCGGGAAAUCCCCUGGCAACGCCUUUCGAUGUUUGUCCACGCAUGCAUUCGCCGUGAUGGCUUCUGAUUCUCCCGCCGCUCCUUCUCCAUUCGAGAACUCAUCGCGGGCACCUAAACAACCACAAGAAAGCUCUUCUUCGUCUUCUUCCUCUUCUUCUUCGUCGUCUUCCUCUGCUUCUUCUUCGUCUUCCUCUGCGUCUUCUUUCUCCAGUUCUUGGCCAGGAUGCAGCAGUCACUUUCGGCGCUGGAUUUUCCGACCCGAGGCGCUGCAGGCGUUGCGCGGACAUACACACGAGGCCGCAUGCGUCUCGCUUCUUCGCCUCAAGCGGUGUAGGAAGCGCGCGAGCGAAACGAGUGAGGUCGCAGACGCUUCGGCGUCCUUCCCCAGUCUGCGGUCGCUGCUGGACCUGACGGAAUACUUCGCGUUCCAGCUCGUUCUCAUUUGCAAACGGAAACGUGUGAAGUUGCCCGUCAUCGAGACAGCUUGCGUGUAUCUACACCGCUUCUUCUGCAUGCGGAGCCCUCUAGCGUUCGACAUUCGUCUGGUCAUCUUCGCCUGUCUCCUCCUUGCCCUCAAGGCUGAAGAUGUUGCUCGUCAUUACAGUUUGGGAGACCUUCUGGGCGACAUCGCGGAACUGGAUAUCGGGGAGGUUCUGCGCUUGGAACUGCCUGUUUGCGAGGCGCUGGACUUCCACAUGCUCGUGCUACACACCCGCGGGCCGCUGGCGACUCUGCUGCGCCAGAUUUUCUUUUUGUCUUUGGGUGCCGAGCGGGCGAAUGGCUCGAGGAACUCCAGGAAGCGGCGGCGGGAGGUCCGCGAAUCUCUCUCCGACGACGGCGAGAAGAGAGAGACCGAGAGAGCGGCGAGAGGCGAAGCAGCUGAGAGCCGGCGCGCGGCUGUCGAGCCGCCAGACAACCUGGAAGCCGAGGAGGCAGAGUGGCGUUUGCCGCUUCCGCCUGCGUUGCGGAAGCUGCAGGAACAGAGCGAAGCAGAAAUUGUUCUCAUGUUUGUUUCCUCGACGCUCCCUUUGGUGCAUCCGCCAGGCGUUCUCGCGGUCGCGGCCGUGCUGGCGGCUGCGGCGAACUCCAGUUGCGCUGAAGCGCUCGCUGCCGCGGGGGUCGCGAACGUCGAGAAACUUGUCAAGUUGGCUGUGUGCCAACCGGCGCUCCCGGAGAGGACGCUGAAGCGGAAGGCGGAGCCAUGCGACGAGACGCCUCAAGGUGUGAAGAGGGCGAAACACGAAGAGCUUGCGGAGAGAGCCAAGAUGGAAGACGAAGGGGCCCAGACAGAGGCUGCGGGAGUGACCAACGCAAGCGCAGGCGGCGAAGAAGCAGACGAAGAGCGAGAAGAAGAAAUCGAAGAAAUCUGGAAUAACUGCCUGCAGACAUCCAUUGCUCACAUCCACGAAGAACUCAGACGCAUUCGAGAGCUGCAAAACCGCGUUCAAAACCAACAAGUCGGGGAGAGCAUGGGGCAGAUUCUUGAGGCAUGCAUCGACGCCAUAGAGGAGCAACAGGCAGAGGCGGAGUUCGACAGUUGGGAGUCAGCGCGGCGAGGCAGCGACGACAAGAAAGAGAAGCGGAAGAAGAAAGAAAAGAAGAAGAAGAAACGUCGAGAACAAACAGACGCUCCUCCAGACGAUGCCCAACGAGGUGGUGAUCCUGUUUCGCCCAAAGCCGCGUCAUUCUCGGCUUCUCAGAUCAACUUGGUGCGAGAAAAGCACGGAGGCCAAGAGGGCGGAGAAACUCAAGACUUCGCGCCCGGUUCAGUUGCAGACGAGUCAGGAGAAGUGCAGAAUGACGAACAAGCAACGUCGAGCGAUGUCGCCAGUUCCGUAGUUACAUCGUCUCGUCCGUAGUGUGGCGGACGAAAAACUUGAACGGCCGCACGAGAUCUGGAAAAAAGUCUUUUUCGGGGCCGUCUGCUUGUUGGAAAUCGUGAAAUGCUCAGUCGCGCGGCGCAGGACGGUGCUGCCAACCUCGCGCGGUGAGGCAAUGAAGACACAAAUUCCUGAAGACUCGCUUUUCUGUGAGCAGCACACUGGACCUGCAGGCACACCACAGUGUGUGGAAGCGGCAGCAGACAGACAGAAGAUACAGACCGGCCGGAAAACCUGCAAAGACAUCACACACGCGCAACAUUUGCGGUCGAAAGCUUUUUUCCCACGAAGAAAUAGUCAGCUUCAGACAAGCUCGCCAUUUUGCUCAUGGAACUCGAACUCGUUUUAACACACCGCGAGGAAAACCGCGUCUAGAUCCUCUGGCGACGACCGACUC